GACGAGGAGGAUUGGCAGCAGACACGGGGAACGCAAGUUUUGGGACCGGCAUCCCUUCCCGGACCCGUGGGCUCGGUCACGGUCACCGGCUCUACCCACAAUGCCUGUGUUUUACUCACCUGUCCCCGAGAGCCUGCAGAUGGGUCUGGCCUACGUGGGAGGCUCUGUGUUCACCAACAACCGGACAGCAGACAGCGACUCCACCAGGGAGCAGGAGGACGCCUCCGUGGUGAACGAGCUGGUUUCUCACCUUCCCCUCCAGAUGCUUCUGUACUUCAACAUGUUUUAUUUCCCCUGUUGGUGGUUUUCUGCUGUCUUCAUGUUGGAAGUAAAGUUCUAUUAUCUUCCCGGGUACUACCAGGCUCUGCUCAUAACGGGGAUGAUCCUCCUCACGCUCGUGGAAGUGGUCCGACUCCAUCUGGGCUACAUUGGCAACCUUAAAGAAAAGGUGCCAGAGCUGGCGGCCUUCUGGCUCCUGUCUUUCAUGUUCCAGCUGCCAGUGCUGCUGUUCUUCCUGACCGACGAGGGAAUCAUCAUCCUGCCCCUGGAGAGAGCCGUCCACGCCCUCUACCUCCUCUUCCUGCUCGCCCAGAUCCUGGCCUCGUUCCUGGCGCUCAGGACCAUGACCCGGAAGCUCACCUUGCUCUUCCAUCUGCGCCAGUUCGGCAAGGUGGAGAGCUUCCAGCACGCGGGGAUGAGCCCCGUCUCCGGGCUGCCCUACCGCCGCAGUGUGCUGCCCGUGACACUCACCCGUGACGUGCACCGUUAGAGUAAAAAGCUGUUUUCAAUUAAACCACACACACACACACACACACACGGUAUUCUGGGUAUUCUCAUCUUUUUAGGUGUUUGCGAUGUGUUUACAGUACAUUCAGUUCACUCUCUGGGUGUGUUUCCGUCUACCUGUUUGGAUAUUUUAAAAUGUGCACAUUAAAAAAAAAAGACGAUGUAAAAUUGGAAAAAUGUAAUAUCUAAUAUGACUGGCGUUGUUUUAAUUGCCUUAAGAGCGCUGCAUGAACGAGUCGACAAACCCGGUUCCCUCGUCUCGAAGGCAAACGGGGUAGUGGUGUGUUUUUUGGGGGGUUAGAUUGAUGAAAUAAGGUCUGUAAGGGGUUUUAAAAGUUAUGUUCUACAAUAUAAAAAUAAAGUACAUCUGUAAAUACC